CGAAAAGAGAGGAGAUGAGGAGAUCAUAACAUCUGCUGAGAUGCCGCUGGUGAAGGAGGUGACCACCACACUGAGAGAAUGGGGCAGCAUCUGGAAACAGCUCUAUGUGGUGAGACGUUUAGAUUCCAGUAAGAAGGAGCGUUUCAGUCAGGUGCAGCGGCUGAUGUGGGAUCUGAUGGAGUGGCGUUCACAGCUCCUGUCCGGGACGCUGCCGAGUGACGAGUUCAAGGAGCUCAAACAGAAAGUCACCUCAAAGAUCGACUACGGAAAUAAGAUCUUGGAGCUGGAUGUGGUGGUACGGGACACCAAUGGGAAUAUUCUAGACCCAGAGCGCGCAAGCGUCAUCAGCCUCUUCAGAGCACACGAGGACGCUACGGCCAAGAUCACAGAGCGCAUUAAAGAGGAACAGUCCAACGUUCAGCUGGAUCAUUCCGGAGUAUCCGCACGGAUCCAGUCUUCUCCCACUCACAGCCUGUAUGUCUUUGUGCGUAACUUUGUGUGUCGUAUCGGUGAGGAUUCGGAGCUCUUCAUGUCUCUUUACGACCCCAACAAACAGACCAACAUCAGUGAGAAUUAUUUGGUCCGAUGGGGAGAUAAAGGGUUGCCCAAGGACAUUGAGAUGCUCAACAGUCUGAAGGUGGUCUUUACAGAUCUGGGGAAUAAAGACCUGGGCAGAGAGAAGAUCUAUCUGAUCUGUCAGAUUGUGCGUGUGGGCCGUAUGGAUCUGAAAGAUGCUAAUCAGAAGAAAUGCACGACGGGCCUGCGGAGGCCGUUUGGUGUCGCUGUGAUGGACAUCAGCGACAUCAUCAAAGGAAAGACAGAAUGUGACGAAGAGAAACAAUAUUUCAUUCCGUUUCACCCGGUUAUAGCUGAGAAUGACUUUCUUCACACUCUCCUCAACAAAGUAACAACGUCGCGAGGUGACAGCGGAGGUCAAGGUCUGUGGGUCACCAUGAAAGCUCUAGUGGGAGACAUCGUCCAGAUCCGAAAGGAAUAUCCCCACCUGGUGGACCGGAGCACCGUGGUUGCGCGAAAACUGGGUUUUCCUGAGAUCAUCAUGCCGGGUGACAUCCGCAACGACAUCUACCUCACGCUGCACUCCGGAGACUUCGACAAGUACAACAAAACCACACAGAAGAACGUGGAGGUCAUUAUGCUGGUGUGUGACGAGGAGGGGAAGGUUGUGCCGAACUCAAUCUGUCUGGGAGCUGGAGAUCGGCCUGUAAAUGAAUAUAGAUCAGUCAUUUACUACCAGAUCAAACAACCUCGCUGGAUGGAAACUUUUAAGGUGGCGAUUCCUCUGGAGGAGAUGCCCAGAAUCCACCUGCGCUUCAUGUUCCGUCAUCGAUCCUCACAGGAGUCGAAGGACAAGAGUGAAAAGAACUUUGCGAUGGCGUUUGUGCGUCUGAUGAAGGAAGACGGGACCGUUCUGAGAGAUGGCAUACAUGAGCUCACCGUCUUUAAGGGUGACAGUAAGCGCAUGGAGGACGUCAGCUCGUAUCUAUCCCUGCCGUCCGAGCGCAGUCACUCUGACAGCCACAAGGGGUCAACGCUGAUGCGCAGCUCCAGCAGUGUGGGCGGCCUGUCCGUCAGCUCCAGAGACAUCUUCACCAUCUCAACGCUCGUCUGCUCCACCAAACUCACGCAGAACGUGGGUUUGUUGGGUCUGCUGAAGUGGAGAACUCGUCCUGAAAUGCUGAAACAAAACCUACAGGAGCUCAAACUCAUUGACGGGGAGGAGGUCGUGAAGUUCCUGCAGGACACCUUGGACGCCCUGUUCAACAUCAUGAUGGAACAUUCUCAGACUGAUGAUUAUGAUAUUUUGGUUUUUGACGCUUUGAUUAAACCGCAGAUGUUAUAUUCCCAGAGAGAAGAGAUGUUUCACCAUGUGGGUGUGAGAACGCCUGGACUGUACGAAGGGAAGGAACAGGCCGAGUUUGAAGAAUCUCUCAAAAGUUUAUUUGAGUCGAUCAAUAACCUGAUGAAAAGUGACUACACCACUACACUACUGCAGCAGGUGGCCGCUCUGAAGUACUUGCCCACAGUCCUGCAAGAUGUGGAGACCGUGUUCGAUGCUAAACUCCUCAGUAAGCUGUUGUAUGAUUUCUACAUCUGCAUUCCUCCGGAUAAACUAAAGAAACAGAAAGUGGCGUCCAUGACUGAGAUAGUGGGCAGCAAACUCUUCCACAGACAAGACUGCCGUGACAUCCUGUUACCCAUGAUGCUUCGGGAGCUGAGCGGGGCGUUGGCCGUGGUGGGGGAGAGGCUUCAGGAUGAGAAGCGCAACAGCGUCGAACUCCUCAACAACAUCCUGGAGGUGCUGAGCCGCAACGACGUGGGAGACACAUUUCAGCACAUUCAGGACAUUGUGUCGUCUCUGCUGAGGACGAUAAACUGCACAGUCAUCACGAUGGGCCGAGAACACACUCUCAUCUCUCGUGUGGUGGCCUGUAUGACGGCCAUUCUCAGUCAGAUGGACGACAGACACUAUUCACGCUACAUAGAGACCUUCAGCGGAACCACAGAUCUAGUGGACUUUUUGAUGGAGACAUUUCUGUUGUUUAAAGAUCUGAUUGGUAAACAUGUCUACCCAUCUGACUGGGUCACUAUGAUCAUGGUGCAAAACCGGGUGUUUCUCCGGGCGAUCAACACAUACGCUGAGACCAUGAAUCACAAGUUCCUCGACAACAACAACUUUGAAGUGCAGUUAUGGAAUAAUUACUUCCAUUUGGCUGUGGCGUUUAUUACCCAGGAGUCUUUGCAGUUGCAGCAUUUCUCUCCCACCAAAAGGAGCAAGAUUCUGGCGAAAUAUGGAGAUAUGAGGAGGCUGAUUGGUUUCGCUAUCAGAGACAUGUGGUACAAGCUCGGUAAGAAUAAGAUCUGUUUCAUUCCCGGGAUGGUGGGUCCCAUCCUGGAGAUGACUCUUAUCCCGGAGGAAGAGCUGCGGAGAGCAACCAUCCCCAUAUUCUUUGACAUGAUGCAGUGUGAAGAAAACCACUCCGGAAACUUCAGAAAGUUUGAGAACGAGAUCAUCCUGAAGUUGGAUCAUGAAGUGGAAGGGGGAGGAGGAGACGAGAGAUAUAUGGAACUGCUACAGAGCAUUCUUUUAGAGUGCGCUCAGGGACGCCCCCAGCUGCUGACUGAGGUGCAGCACUUUGUUACCCUGGUGACCGGCCUCCUGGAGCGUCUCCUUGACUACCGCUCGGUGAUGAGCGAGGACAGUCGAAACAACCGCAUGAGCUGCACUGUCAAUCUUCUGAAUUUCUACAAGGACAUCAACCGUGAGGGGAUGUACAUCAGAGAGGCAUUCUGCAGGGAUGGAGAAAACUACACAGAGGCGGCUUAUACACUUCUGCUGCACUCCAAACUACUUAAGUGGUCAGAGGAGCAGUGCACCCUUCAGCUGGACUAUCAGACGCUUCAGUCCCAGCGACAGCUCAAAGAAACGCUCUACAACACCAUCAUCAGCUACUUUGAUAAGGGAAAGAUGUGGGAGGAGGCCAUCACUCUGUGUAAGGAGUUAGCAGAUCAGUGCGAGAUGGAGGUCUUCGAUUACGAGCUGCUCGGACAAAAACUGAAUCAGCAGGCCAAGUUUUAUGAGAACAUUAUGAAGAUCCUGCGGCCCAAGCCGGACUACUUCGCUGUGGGAUAUUACGGCUCUGGCUUCCCUCAGUUCCUCAGGAAUAAGGUUUUCAUUCACCGUGGGAAGGAGUACGAGCGCAGGGAAGACUUCCAGAGUCAGCUGAUGAGUCAGUUUACAAUUUUAAAGGUGAUUUUCUCAAUAUUUAGCGGAUCUGGAUCAGAUAUCCAGUGUUUUACAGUCCAGCCGGUUCUUGAGAUCCCGCCGCGUCUGAGGAACAAACCAGUGCCUGAUCAGAUCAUCAAUUUCUACAAGUCGAACUACGUUCAGCGGUUCCAGUACUCCAGACCUGUGAGGAGAGGGAAAGUGGAUCCUGAUAACGAGUUUGCUUCCAUGUGGAUUGAGCGCACCACAUUCAUAACCGCUUACAAACUACCAGGAAUCCUGCGCUGGUUUGAGGCCACUAGCAUGACCCACGUGAGUCUCCGUCCCCUCGCAUUUAACAGAUCGGUGAAACUGAGGAAAUCCAAGAAGAAGAAGAAACCCGGUCGUGGCAGUAUGAUCUUCAUCAGUGAGGAGAAAGAGCGGAGCAGCACCCUCGACAAACGGCUUUCCAAGAAGCAGGAGUUUCGCAGUGACACGAAUCUGUCAGAGCCGAGUGAGAGCAGCAGCGGCGGCCUCGUCAACUCCAGAUCUCUGCCCACUAUUACAGGUCUGUCUCUGUCAGUAGCCAAUGGGAGUGAGGAGGUGGAGUCAGCGCGAUCCAAGCGUGACAGUAAAAGCGUUUCAAUGUGUUUGCCAUCUGACCGCACCGGUGACCGUCGCUCCAAAGGAGUCAUAAACCUGCUCUUUAAAUCCAAGCUAAGCUCCAAACCUGAUGAUGCAAAAACUUCUUCUGAACCGUCUGAUGGUGCAUCCACUCAUUUUUAAUUCUGUCUCUGUAGUUUUUAUUUUUUUCAAGUAUUUUGGCUGUUCAUUUUUCUACCACUCUUAACUUGAAUCUGUUAAAAAACAGAACUGAUAAAGCUCUUAAAGGCUGAUCGUAACAGAGCUGUGCCUUGAUUUCAUUGAAUGUGUUUGAAAACAAACUUUAAUGAAAUGAAGUCAGUGUUUUAAACAGUGUAUCGUCUGUCCCAGGAAUAAACUCAUUUACAAUCAUGA